ACUCUCUUCUCGGUGUUUGGAAAUGUGGUCAAACACGGUCUUUCGUGUUUGAUAUGUUACGUAACAAAUGAGAAAGCUACCGGACCUGCUCACUUCGGAUUUGUCCGACUGAAAGCAGAUGGAAUCCAGGUUGUUCAAAGCACGAUUACGCUUAUCUUUGGUUUUUAUGUUGGCAUUAAUUUCGAUUUCUGUUUUGUAGCUUUCUAUUAGUAAGUUUUAAUAUAGGCUCGAUUUCUGCCGCUCUCUAAGUCAUGUCUACGUUUCUCCGCGGGCUCCUUUCCCGUACAGCGGCUGGUAAUCGAACCUAGUUUUAAUAUCGGCUGGUAACGUACGAACUAUUGAAAUCAGUCUGUCGUAUUAAAGGGCUUUUUAGAAACCCGUCUCUAAUGUAAGUGUCUAGUGAUCGGUUGCCCAGAAAAUUCAAACCUGCCUGAAACCUCCCUUUAUCCAGCUGCCUCAACGAUGUGCUCGGAGAGGUACUCAACAAAGGUUCAACGAGAACGCUCCGCACAGAUGUGAACUCCUGUACCCCUCCCCCCUUUUACAAAGCAUCCGUUGACAGAAAAGGCAACCAUUUCAUACACCUUCCACAGAAAAGAGUACCCCGGCUUUCAAGUACCUACUUUCCACUAACUCAGAAUACUUUGAAGAAUCAGCUAUUUGGUGCGUUUCUUCGAGGAUAUUUUGAAAGGCUCUUUUAAAUACCUUAAUGACGGUUCUUCCUGGCUUCAGUCGUCUAUACUUCAAGUCGUGAAUUCCCUUAAAAACAUCUCCGCUUGAAACGAAAAGUACCCUCAUUGGGUGGAGCUGUUCUAUAAGGAAUGCCAUCCACAUCAAUGUGAACAACCACCUUUUUGUGUCCAGAACCUUCAUUUCUUCAUAAAUGAUCAAGAUACGAACUCUCAAAAUGCCUGAUGAGAAAAUAAAAGUUGAAUGGAUAUUGUCUCAUGCGCAUGCGAACUAAUUACAACAUAAGUCGAUGUGGGUCAGAAAUUAUGCCUUUCACGACACAGCUAGUAACUCCGUGUAUUUCCAGCUCAUUUGUAUGGUCCGUCGAUAUCAUUGCUUGGCGAACAAGUGUUCCCGUACGAGCGAGGAGUUUCUUGCUGGCAUGCUGUUGGCGCGGAAAUUGGGGCGAGAGCGCGAAUGCGGAACAAGUUUAAAAAGCUCUCUCGUCGUGACAGGACCAAAAGGACUCGGGUAACAGGCAAAGGCCUGUUCCCAAUCCACUUUUCUUUAAUCUGCUCCUGGUUUUGAUCAGAGCAAGCAAAACGGGAAAACGUAAUUUGGAGCGACAUACGAAAUCAUCCCAACGGAAGUUUAAGUUUCAGUUGUUGUAUAUCGAGGUACAGGCAGUUUUUUUGCCAUUUCUCUUUCUAGCAUGCUAUAUACACUGUACAUAUUGGACUGGAUGUCAUUCCCAGGAGACGGCCCAGUAUCAAACAUUUUUCCUUUUAGAGAACCCUAAUCAGCAAAAGGCUUUCAGUCUGGCAGAAAAACUAUUGUACAAUUGUCAGAGCUAAUUCUUGGUUCUUAUUGAACAAAAGAGGGUAGGUUAGUUUUUAUACGCAUUUUAAUUGACAACUCUGCAUGAAAGUUCUUUGAAUUUCCUUGAAUCACGAGAUGCGACGUCUUGUCAGUCAGUGCAAAUGAACCUGGCGCUGACCACAUCCGUUGUUGACCUUUCUCCCGAGCACAUGAGUGAAUCUUGAAAGAAUCGUCACUGGUGUACAAUAUAAUAAUCAGGGAAAUUUGAAUAACGAGCAGACCAGUACCGCCAAAGGGCAAAUAAGCACAUUGUGCGGUGUCGACCAUAAAUACCGUUGAUUUCGAUUUUCGCUAUGUAAAUAUUUUACCCUGAACUUUCUGUUAUUGUAAAAUUGUAACCAGGUCUUCUCAAGGGGUAAAGAACCUCGCAGUCAUUGGAAAGCACUAGAUCUCUCUGCCCACAAGUUUGACAAUCGCGGAUUUACUCGCUUGCAGUCAUGUAAAUAUGAGUCAUUUUCGCUGUUUACUCCCACGCCUUGAUUUCCGAGAUAAUUUCUCAGCGAAGCGGAAAUCAGCUAACCCUGGUGCCGCAAAUCCACGAAUACUAACAAAUCUUUAGACCACGAAUUAGAAGUCGGUCAGCAGCACGGACGAACCGGGCACCAAGAGUGUUGUUUGCUGUUUGUUUGGCCCAUAACUCUUCUGAUUUCUGCUUUGAUAAUAACAUUAUAAGUGAGAUCGAUUUACUUGAGACCUUUGUUUUCGUGUAACAAAGCGAUUUCCAAUGAAGCCUACGAUGGUUUUGACCGACGAAGACGUCCUGCGAAUAAGAGAAUCCUUGGCGAAGACACUGACACCUCGGCACAAAGUUGUUAUAGCACCUUGCUUGGCCGAGGUAUUUGUAAACAAGAUGCGACUAAGCAUUCUCCGACGACCCACCAAAGAAAAAUGGAGUACCGUAGGACGAGGAGUUGUAGCUUUAGUCUAUAAUACGGACAGCCUUGGACAACGGAUUGAAAUCUGUUUGACGUCGUUAAAAACCCGCGCAGUGGUAUGGAGAGAGACUGUUGUCGCGGACAUGACAAGGAUCGAGUCGCCACAACCAACUUUCCACACUUUUAAUAGCACCAAGAACUUUCAUGAAAAAGCUGGAAUACGAUAUGAAAAUGAAACGGUUGCCAGUCUUGUUCUCCGAGCGCUGAGUGUGUUUUCAUCGCAAUCAAACUCGAAGAGAGAUACCUUAAGAGGCUCUGGACAUAGACCGGCCUUGAGGUCACACUCCUUCAAUGUCGCACCAAGGCCAAGACACCCUCGAGCUCACGAAACUGCUUUUGAGAGAUGCACAGUGGCCCUGUCCAAUAUUCAAAUACAACAAGUCUUCAGCGCGGAAGGAAGGCCUCUGGCUGCGCCACAAAUAGCGACACCGUGCGGAGAAGAAGCGAGCGCGCUGACUGCGCGGUCGCAAGAAAAAGACCGGCACCUUGUUUCCAUAUCCGAGGUGUGCGAGAAACCCACAACCGAUAUUAGCCGCAUUGAACGGCCUGCCAAGCCGGAGAUUUUGAACAACAAUCGGCCCGUCCGAAGUUUUAGUUUGGUUCGACGAUGUACGGAACCAGUUCUCAAGAGAAGGGACUUGAUGGUAACAGAUUUAUGUACAACUGAACUUUAAAUGAUUUGAAAUUUCAACAGACUGAGAAGGAUGACCCUGCACUGAAAGCUGUGUAAAUGAUACGAAUGUAAACGAGCCGAAAACUCAAGAAGUUAUUGAUAUUUUUGGAAUAUAGUGCUACAUGCCAGGGUGAAAUUUAAUAUUAUACUAGUGUUGAAUGUGUAUAGUUUUUAAAAAUGGAAAUCGGUUUGAAGGAGAAGACUUCGCAGUAAAGAUUAGCGGGGCAAUUAAGAAUGGAUUUCUAAUAUCUACAGUAAGAUUAGAUCGCGUACAGAUUGCUUAGAACAUAAUUUUCCUACAAGUUAAUUUAUUGAGAAAAAUAAAGAUGUUCAUAUUGCCUCUCCA